UUUUUUUUUUUUUUUUUUUUUUUUUUUUUUUCAUUUUGACCAAAACGGUGCGUUUUGACCCAAUUUGAAAUACGGUUUCCUGCCUUCAUCCCCAUUCGAAAUGAACCCGCGAAGCACCUCUCGUUCGACAGCAACCCCCCGCGUACUGGUCUGUCUACCCAGGCCUCCCGGCGACGGCGUCUCUGUCGUCAGCCACUUCCUCUUGCUUCGGCCCGCCAUCUACCCCUCGCCGCCGCUCCCCACGAGGCCGUUGAACGGAGCGAAGGAGGGCUGAAUGCCCUGAAACUCCCUUCUGCCUGGGGACGAACCCGAAUCUGCCUUCCUCUUCCCAGCGCCACCUGGCGACGGCGAUGCACUGAUCAACGCCACCUACAAAUGUCCCCUGAACCGGCGCAUCCACUCCCCUUGAAACGACUGUGAACCGAGGAAACCAUAACUCAUUCCAAGUUGCUCUGUUUCGGGUAAAUGCACUGAGAAGUUAUACAGAUUUAAAUCAUGGCCAACCCAUUUGAUGAAGACUUUAACCCAUUUGAAAAUCCAUUUGAGAUGCCACCUUAUAUGCCAUACACUCCACCGAGUAAUCCGGAAGACCUGACACCUACAGCGCCCCCUGAGUCAACUGCUGCUGAAUUUGAAAAAAAUGUUGGGUGUUCAUCACGAAUUAUUGAUGAGGAUGUUCAUGACGCCGAUGAAAUGGUAUUCGACAUAAAUGAAGAUUUAGAGGGUACCACUGAUGUCCAGGAAGAUGAGGUACCAGUUGAUGCACCCAGAUCCGGUAUGGAAUUUGCAAGUGUGAAAGACCUGACAGCCUACUAUAAGCAUUAUGCGAAACAACAGGGUUUUGGUGUACGGAUACAGAGGACUAGGAGAGAUGAUGAUGGGAGGCCAGUUUAUGUGACAGUUGGUUGUGCCCGUGGCGGAAAGUACCAACCUAAGAACAGUGAUAUGUCGAAGCCACGGCCAACAACUAGGACGGAUUGUAAGGCCAGAGUAAAUGCGACAUUGAGUAAGACUGACAAGUGGGUUUUCACCACUGUAGAAAAUAUACACAACCAUGUAACUGUAAGCCCCAAGAAGACUAGGCUAUUGCGAUCUCACAAGGUUCUAGAUGAAUACAGCCAAAGGGUCCUUGACUUGAAUGAUCGAGCGGGUAUACGGAUGAAUAAGAACUUUUUUUCUCUUGUUGUUGAUGCGGGAGGUUAUGACAAUCUUCAGUUUCAGGAGAAAGAUUGUCGGAAUUAUAUUGAUAAAGCCAGACAUUUACGGUUGGGUAAAGGAGGUGGAGAUGCAUUUAAUCAGUAUUUCAAAAGAAUGAGAGACAAGAAUGAUGGGUUCGUUUCUGUCAUGGACGUGGAUGAUGAGGGGAGGUUACGGAAUGUCUUUUGGGCUGAUGCUCGUAGUCGAGCGGCCUAUGAGUAUUUUGGCGAUGUAGUAACCUUCGAUACUACGUACCUAACAAAUAGGUACGGGAUGCCUUUCGCUCCAUUCGUUGGUGUUAACCAUCAUGGGCAGUCCAUAUUACUAGGGGCAGGAUUGCUUUCGAGUGAGGACACAACCACUUUUGUGUGGUUAUUUCAAAUGUGGUUGGAUUGCAUGAAUGGUCGGGCCCCCUGUUCCAUCAUAACCGACCAAGAUCGGGCCAUGAAGAGUGCUAUUGCCAUUGUUUUCCCCAACACUCGUCAUAGAUUUUAUUUAUGGCAUAUCUUGCGCAAACUUCCAGAGAAGUUUGGGUCUCACGCCAUGUUCAAUGCGGGGUUGAAGACUGACAUUCAGACAACAUUAUAUGAUUCACAGACCAUCCCCGAAUUUGAGGAGAGUUGGGGUGAACUACUUGAGAAGUAUGAUCUGGUCGGCAAUAAAUGGCUCGAAGCCUUAUAUGAGGAAAGAUCUUUUUGGGUUCCAGUUUACUUGAAAGGUGAAUUUUGGGCUGGUAUGAGCACGACCCAAAGGUCAGAAAGCAUGAAUGCAUUUUUCGAUGGCUAUGUGCAUUCCGGAACGACAUUGAAGGAAUUUGUUGAUCAGUUUGAUAAUGCACUUAGAAAGAAGGUCGAGGUCGAGACACUUGCUGAUUUCAAAUCUAUCAACCAGACUAUUCCCUGCGUAUCUCACUUCAACAUAGAGAAGCAAUUCCAAUCCGUAUAUACAAAUGCAAAAUUCAAAGAGCUCCAAAGGGAGUUGCUAGGCUUAAUGGCUUGUAAUUGUUCGUUGGUAAGCACAGAAGGGUCAAUUUUAAAAUACGAUGUGUUGGAUGAAAUUAGUAUUGACGAGCUCAUUAAAACAGUCAAUUACUCAGUAUACUUUAAUGAAAAGGAGGUGGAGGUGCGAUGCACGUGUGGACUAUUUGAAACUAGGGGGAUUCUAUGUCGGCAUGCACUUAGAGUUUGUCAGUUGAAGAAGAUUAAAGAGCUGCCAAGUGUAUAUGUCUUGGAUCGCUGGAGAAAGGACGUAAAGAGGAGAUACACCUUACUCAGAAGUAGCUACGAUGACCAUGGUGACAGAGAGGAUAGUCGGAAUUAUGAGCUUGUUGUUAAGAGAUGUUUGAAAUUAGCAACCAAAAUAGCCUCAAAUAAUGAAAAAGUCCAUGCAUUCCUAAGUGUUGUUGAUGACUUUGAGAAAAAAUGUGAAGACUCAACAGUAGACUCGACACUCAUUCAUACGAAGGAGAAAGCAGAUGUGGUAUUGGAUAAGGGGAAAAAGAUAUUAAGCCCAAAUGUGGUACGAGGAAAAGGGAGACCCCAAAGUAAGAGGAGGGUUCCACCCGUGGAAAAGAUGGUCACAAAGAAAAGCAAACGGACAUGCAGGAAAAUCUUGGCAGAUGAAUCAGGAUUGGAUGACAACCCGGGAUCUCAACACCCCCAAUUUUCUGAUGGGGUAUAUGUUGGGACACAAAACAGCAUUAUUACACAAUCCACGCCACCAGGAAAUGAGAAUUUGUGA